CGGAAAAAGCCGAGAGGGGAUUUAUGGACCAAGGACAGCUUGCCAACUAAACAGAGCCAUCACCGUUACACUUGGAAAAUCACCUUUAGAUACGGCGACCUCUUUCUGCGCAUAGGAGUUAGUGGGAGCGGAGGCUUCACCGGGAACUCCGAAGGGAAGAACGCGCCAGCCCAUGUUAACCCAAAGCAGCACAGUGCCGACAAAGAUGAGCUCUGUCCAAAAAGCAUCCCAAAGAAGGAGCACAGUGUGAAAGAAAUCCUGAAAAUGGAAUCCAGUCCUCCAAAAGGAAAAGACUUCUUCCAGACCAACAUUUCACCAGUUACUCCAGAAAAAGACUUGGAUGAUUUGCGUAAGAACUAUAGCCCGGAGAGGUGUUUCUUCCCUCGAGUUGUCUACCCGAUCCGACCUCACAUUCCCGAAGACUAUCUGAAAGCUUCCUUAGCAUAUGGGAUGGACAGACCCAGCUACAUGACUCACUCGCCCAUCCAGACGUCUACUACGCCGAGUCCUUCCGGGAGGAGCAGCCCAGACCAAAGUUUAAAAAGCUCAAGCCCUCACAGCAGUCCAGGGGUCACGGUUUCACCCCUGGCACCUGCUUCCCAAGAGCACAGAGAGCCCUACUCUUACUUGAACGGAUCCUAUGGCUCGGAAGGAUUGGGGUCUUAUCCUGGAUACGCCCCCCCUGGCCACCUCCCACCUGCCUUCCUACCAUCCUAUAACCCCCAUUUGCUGCCGCCGUUCAACGUGAGCUGCAGUAACCUGAGCGCUUUGAAUAAUAUCAACGGCAUCAACAAUUUCAACCUCUUCCCAAGGAUGUACCCCCUUUACGGCAACCUGCUCGGCGGCGGUAGCCUUUCCCACCACGUCCUGAACCCCACCACGCUCCCCAGCUCGUUGCCCAGUGAAGGAGGCCGUCGAUUGCUGCAGCCCGAUCAUCCGAGAGACUUCCUCAUUCCAGCACCUAACAGUGCCUUCUCCAUCACGGGCGCUGCUGCCAGCAUGAAGGACAAGCCGUGCAGCCCCACCAGCGGGUCACCCACGGCGGGCACAGCAGCCAGCUCCGAACACAUAAUGCAACCUAAACCUACCUCAGUGGUGCUGACUGCCACCGGCGGCGAAGAAGCCAUGAAUCUCAUCAAAAGCAAGAGGAAUGUGACCGGGUACAAAACCCUCCCUUACCCGCUGAAGAAGCAGAACGGGAAGAUCAAGUACGAAUGCAACGUUUGCUCCAAGACCUUCGGCCAGCUCUCCAACCUGAAGGUGCACCUCCGGGUACACAGUGGGGAGAGACCCUUCAAGUGCCAGACGUGCAAUAAAGGCUUCACGCAGCUGGCUCACCUCCAGAAGCACUACCUGGUCCACACGGGAGAAAAGCCCCACGAGUGUCAG